UUUACCAUCUGUCAAAGAGACGUCAUUAAAAGAAAAACAAAAGUAAAUUGUGAACGCUGCGCGAACUGCAGAAUCGGUGGUCGGUUUUUAUAAUAAUGGCAGAUCCAAGAAUUAGACAAAUCAAAAUUAAAACUGGCGUCGUCAAGCGUAUAGCUAAAGAAAAAAGUUUGUACGAAAAGGAGGCCGAACAGCAAAAGAAUAAGGUACAAAAAUUAAAAGACGAAGGCCAAGACGAACACGAUAUUAGGAAGCAAGAAGAGGUACUUCAGGAAUCGCUGAUGAUGGUUCCUGACUGCCAAAGAAGGUUAUUAAAAGCCCAUGCAGAUUUGAAGUCAAUAUUAGAGACUGAACAAGACUUGAAAGACAACGAAGAUUAUAUAACUGCAGAGCAAGUGCUCAAAGAGGCUGAGAGCCAACUGCCUGACUCAGCAUAAUAACACAUUUCUUAUUUCUAUUAUAUAUUAAUCAUUUAUAAAUCAUGUCUAAUCCUAA